CCAAACUCCACCCCUAGUUUGGAGGCCUGCCCCCACCCCUCACCCUGAGGCUGGGCAAAUCCCAGCAACUGGCUGGGAUCCCAUGGGAGACUGGUAGGGGCAAAGGUCUUGGGGGACAGAGGUGGCCGGGCUUGGGGCUCCUGCCAUGAAGUCUCGGCAGAAAGGAAAGAAGAAGGGAAACCCCAAGGAGCGAGUGUUUGGGUGCGACUUGCAGGAGCAUCUGCAGCAUUCAGGCCAGGAGGUGCCUCAGGUGCUAAGGAGCUGUGCAGAGUUCGUGGAGGAGUAUGGAGUGGUGGACGGGAUCUACCGCCUCUCAGGGGUCUCCUCCAACAUACAGAAGCUCCGGCAGGAGUUUGAGGCAGAGCGGAAGCCAGACCUUCGGCGGGAUGUUUACCUCCAGGACAUUCACUGCGUAUCGUCCCUGUGCAAGGCUUAUUUCAGAGAACUGCCAGACCCCCUGCUGACGUACCGGCUCUAUGACAAAUUUGCCGAGGCAGUGGCAGUGCAAUUAGAGCCGGAUCGCUUGGUCAAGAUCCUAGAGGUGCUUCGAGAACUCCCUGUCCCAAACUACAGGACGCUGGAGUUUCUCAUGCGGCAUUUGGUUCACAUGGCCUCAUUCCGUGCCCAGACCAACAUGCACGCUCGCAAUUUGGCCAUUGUGUGGGCUCCCAACCUGCUGAGGUCUAAGGACAUAGAGGCCUCAGGCUUCAAUGGGACAGCGGCCUUCAUGGAGGUGCGCGUGCAGUCCAUUGUCGUCGAGUUCAUCCUCACCCAUGUGGACCAGCUCUUCGGGGGUGCUACUCUCUCUGCCGGUGCAGAAAUGGAGAAUAGAUGGCGGUCACUUCCAGGGACGCGGGCAUCGGGCAGCGCUGAGGACCUCAUGCCCAGGUCUCUCCCCUACCACCUGCCUAGCAUCUUGCAGGCUGGCGAUGGACCCCCACAGAUCCGGCCCUACCACACUAUCAUUGAGAUCGCAGAGCACAAGAGGAAGGGUUCUUUGAAGGUCAGGAAGUGGAGAUCUAUCUUCAAUUUGGGUCGCUCUGGCCAUGAGACAAAACGUAAACUUCCACGAGGGCCUGAGGACAGGGAGGACAAAUCCAGUAAGGGAUCACUGCGGCCAGCCAGGAGCAUGGACUCAUUGAGUGCUGCAGCUGGAGCCAGUGAUGAGCCAGAAGGGCUCGUAGGACCUAGCAGUCUCCAGUCAAGUUCACUGACACCUGAGAGCCUGGAGAACAAUUCUGUGGAAAUAGCAGAAGGUGAACAGGAUCCUGAAGUGGAGACACUGGGCGGUGUGAACUCUGAGCCAGGCACCCCACAGGCUAGCCGGUUAGCCACCCGAGCUGUGGGCAGCAGCCGUGCAGAGCGCUGUGCUGGGGUCCACAUCUCAGACCCCUACAACGUCAACCUCCCAGCACACAUAACCUCUAUCCUCAAUGUGCCUCCGAACAUCAUCUCCAAUGUCUCAUUGGCCCGGCUUACUCGUGGUCUUGAGUGUCCCGCUCUACAGCCCCGGCCAAGCCUUGCUUCUGGUCCUGGCCCAGGCUCUGGCCUUGGCCCUGGCCCCCCAGAUGAGAAGUCGGAGGAAGGACCAGUCCCAGGUCCCCUGGCUGACUCAGAUCCGGCAGACAUGACUCUUUCCCUGGAGGAUUCCCUGUCCCAAGAGGUGCAGGAUUCCUUCUCCUUCCUAGAGGACUCGAGCAGCUCAGAGCCUGAGUGGGUGGGGGCGGAGGAUGGGGAAGUGGCCCAGGCAAGAGCAACAGGAGCAGCCUUCUCCCUUGGGGAGGACGACCCUGGGAUGGGCUACCUGGAGGAGCUCCUGGGAGUUGGGCCUCAGGUGGAAGAGUUCUCUGUGGAGCCACCCCUGGAUGACCUGUCUCUGGAUGAGGCACAGUAUGUCCUGGCCCCCAGCUGCUGUUCCCUGGACACUGCUGGUCUCACGCCUGAAGUGGAGGAAGAAAAUGGGGAGGAAAUCUUCUUGAGUGCCUAUGAUGACCUGAGUCCCCUUCUGGAACCUAAACCCAGGAGCUUGGAAGGUGUAGGGAAUCUGAAGGAAGAGGCAACAGGGGGUGGGAAACAACCCCCGCUACAGACUAAAGAAGAUCGGACAUGCUGGGCAGCUGAGGAAAACCCUGAGGCUCAGCCCAAGAGCACAUCAGACAUCGAGGUAGAAGCUGGGUCUAGUCCAGGGACUGAAACAGAGGUGGAAAAGGCUAGUGAGAAAGAAAGGGAGGCCAGGGGCAGCCAAGAGGCGAUGGCAGAUUCUGAAGGAGGAAGUAGCGAAGAGACAGAGGCCAAGGGAGAGAAAUCCAAAGGCCCAGAGGCCAUAAGUACGGAGGAGACGAAAUGUGUGGAAGGGCCAAAGGGAGGAUGCAAUAAAGAUGAGGACGAGGAAGGAGCGAUUGAGAGAGAAGAGCUCGAGAAAGGAGAGAAAGCCCCAGUGGCAGCUGGAAAGGACCUCAAGCACUGGGCCCAGGAACAACUGGUUGCCAGCGAGAGCUGGGAAGAAGUUGUACCCAAGCAAGAGGAUAAGGGCCAAGGGCACAGAGCUAAUAAGGACCACAAGGCAAGAAAAGACCAAGGAGAUGGUGAAGACAGUGGGAGGCCAGGAGCAGCAGCUGAAGAGCGGGGAGAAAGCAAGAUGCAAGGGAAUGACGAUGUAGAAGCUGAGGACCGGAGGGCUGUAAGUGGCCAUUGUGAGGAGGCAGCUCUCUCUGAAGGGCCACGUGGCAUGUCCCUGAGAGCUGACAGUAUUGAAGAGUCCACUGCACAGGCUUCUGAGACAGAACAGCCUUUCCCACUGCCACCUGAGCCGGAGGGACAGUUCAGUCCUGAGGGAUGUGACCUGUGGCCCAGUUCCUUUGGCUUUGCUGGCGGGGUGGGCAUGCGCCUGGCUUCCACGCUGGUUCAGGUACAACAGGUCCGCUCUGUGCCUGUAGUGCCUCCCAAACCACAGUUUGCUAAGAUGCCCAGUGUAACGUGUAGCAAGAUCCAUGUUGCACCUGCCAGCCCAUGUCCAAAGCCUGGACGGCUCGACGGGAUUCCUACGGAAAGGGCUUUGGGGUCUCGCACUUCCAGAGCUUCUUGGAGAAAUGGAGGCAGUCUUUCCUUUGAUGCUGCUGUGGCCCUGGCCCGGGAACGCCACAGGACUGAGGCUCAGGGACUUCAGCGGGCCCAGACCUGUACUGGACCUGGAGAAUAUAACCUCAACCCCAGAACCUCAGCCUGUAGCAUGAUCCCUACCCAUUCUCUCCGGCCCCUUAGCUACUUGGAACUCCCACCUGAAGGCACAGAAAAGUCUGAGGCACGGAGUCGGCUUAGUUUGCCCCCUAGAGAGCCCCAUCCCCCUAUCUCUGUUAUGUCCCCCCAGCGCAGAACAUACGCAUUUGAAACACAGGCUAACCUUGAGAAAGAUGACGGGCUGUAAUGAGGAUCAAAGUUCUAGGCAAAGGGGACCAGUAAAUGAUGUUGACUUUCUGGAGUCCCCUCCUAGCUGUCUCUUCAGUCUGAGCACUAUAGCUGUCUUUCCCAUCUGAGCAGCUGUACUGCAUUCCAUGGGCUUUGGCCUCCCGGCCAUUCUUUUUGACCAUGGAAGGCACUGCCUUGGAUUUACUUGGGCUUGUCUCAGACACAGCACUUAGGUGAUCUCUUAGGUGAAAUACUGUAAAAUAUUGUUCCUAUGCAAUCUGGUCAUUGACCAAAGGGAACACCGGGUGGGUAGAAAGUUUAAGGGGUUUCACAAAGUGAAGAACACACUGGGGAUUUCCAAGAAGCUCCUGUCCUCCUCUGAAGCUGUGGACUUCAUGGAAGCCUGGAGUAAAAGAAGGGAACCUAGCCAGGUUAGAUAGAAAUGCCCACACAUCUAGAAAAACCAGGUAUCUGUGUUUUGUUCCUAAGAUCCUUGGAUAUCUCCUGACCCUCUUAGCUCCAGAUUAGGAGAAAAAUGUCCAAGAAACUCUUUGAUGUCCUCCACUGUUUGCUGAAGGAAAUGUAUAACAUUGUCUGCCUUCAAUUACCUUGCAGAAGAGAGGUCCAGUAGAGAUCCCUCUGGCUCCUCCUUUGUCCAUUAGAAUGACUUUCUCCCAUUUUAAGAAAAG